GGAACAGCAUCAUUCGAACGUCCAUGUCACACACACCAAAAGAGAAGAAGGUCGCAUGUACGCAGAAGUGUCAUCAAGGCAGGAGGGGCGAGUCUGCUCCACGUGGCGGGUUACAAACACGCUGGCAAGCUGGUGUUGAUUGCUGAGUCAAAGAACUCCAAGUGGUCAGUCCUACAACCACUGACGUCGAGUGCAAAUUCCACGCGGAGGGUCUAACUUGAUACAGAAGGCAACUCAACGGGAGUGAAGGUCGUUGAUAAAAAAGCGCAUUAAGACCAACUACUCGGAUUUGUUCUUCAUUUUGAAAAAGAGGAGGACGAAGGGAGGGAGAAGAAGAAAGAAGGAAGAAGGGAGGGAGAAGAAGAAAGAAGGAAGGAAGGAAGGAAGGAAGGAAGGAAGGAAGGAAGGAAGGAAGAAGGGAGGGAGAAGAAGAAAGGAGGAGGAAGGAAGGGAGGAGAAGAACGAAGGAAGAAGAGAGGGACAAGAAGGAAGAAGAAAGAGAGGAGAAGAAAGAAGGACGAAGAGAGGGACAAGAAGGAAGGAAGGAAGGAAGGAAGGAAGGAAGGAAGGAAGGAAGGAAGGAAGGAAUGGGGGAGCUGCGGAGGGUCAAUGACGAAGAGCAACACAGCAACCGCCAUGGCAUGGAUGAGGAAAACCCUCCAUCAUGCUCAGAUUCAAAAGGCGCCAAGGUUGAUCGCAUCACCGAAACCACAUGUGUGAUAAUUGGACAAAAAGGGGCGAUUGGACAGAAAGGGGCGAUCGGACAAAAAGGGGUCGCCAGCGUCGAACAGAAGCUGUCAGAAUGGGGGAAAAGGUCGUUUGCGACAGUCAUGCUGACUGUUUUGACCAGUUCUCAGGGUAUUUUGAUUGCUGCUUCGAAAACUGCGGGGGCUGAUUUGUACGACUACAGUGUUGCUUCUGCAAACUGUAAUGAUCAGCCGUUGAUCUGGACGCCAGAGUGUGAUCGAGCGUUCUCGAAACUCAAGGCAGCCCUCAUUUCGGCUUCGGUCCUUAUAAGGCCGGAUCCUGCGAAGCCUUUUGUCCUCAUCACGGAUUGGCAGCCGGAGGCAAUCUCGGCGAUCUUGGCCCAGGUGGGACCCGACGGACUCGAAGGCGUGGUUGAAUACGCGUCUAAAUCGGUGCCAGCCUGCAAACGCAACUACGCCGCCCCGACCGGAGAAUGCUAUGCGGCUCUGUGGGGAAUCAGCCACUUUCGAGCUUAUCUGUAUGGACGGAAGUUCACAUUGGUCACCGAUCAUGAGCCAUUAUUAGCCCUGAAGAAAUCGAAGGAUUACUCGGGAAUGAUCGGGAGAUGGGCGACAGUGCUACAGAGCAUGGACUUUGACAUUCGUCAUCGGAAGCACGAGAGGCACGGGAAUGCUGACGGGUUGACACGACUGCACCGACCCGAGAAGGUCCUCAAGAGUGAGGAGGUGAUUUCGUGGAACGAGCCGAAGGAGGAGAACGGACCGAGAUACAGACAAGUGGAAAUUCUGUCGAAAGAGUUAAGAACUACUUGGGAUGAAAUAAAGCUCUAUCCUAUUCCAGCCGGUCUGUAUCUGAUCAAAAACUUGUUACAGUACUACAUUUUCAUGUACGUAGACGCACCUAGUUACCAGAUUCUCAAGAAUUUAAAUAUCAUCACAACGGGAGUACUUUACAGGAUCUUCUUGAACAAAAGGUUAACCAACAUUCAAUGGUCAGCACUGCUCCUCCUUGCUCUUGGAUGCACCAUCGCGCAAAUGAGCGCCAGAUCUGAGUCAAUUUUUCAGACACCACUCAUUGGGUUUUUAAUGGCCAUAAUAAUGGCGAUUCUCAGUGGUGCCGCAGGUGUAUACACUGAGUUGAUUAUCAAGGCUCGGCCUCAACGGAACAUCAACGUCCAGAACUUCUACCUCUAUACCUUUGGUAUACUGUUCAAUCUAUUCAUUAUCUUCGUACAUGAUUAUCAUGACAUCGCGGACAAGGGUUACUUCCAUGGCUACUCGAUAAUAACUGUUGCAAUGAUUCUCAACCAUGGCCUCAGUGGUAUUUCAGUCUCUCUGGUCAUGAAGUUUGCAGAUAACAUCGCAAAGGUUUAUGCGACAUCAGUGGCCAUGCUGCUGACAGCCCUCGUCUCUAUAGCGUUCUUCAACUUCCAGCUCACUCUUCCGUUCGUGCUUGGAACAUCGGUUGUGUCCAUCGCCAUCUACUUGCAUUACCAGAGCAAAGGUUCCAAGUAAGCCAGAAGUCAAUAAUGGGUGACCUCUCCACGAAGCGAUCUCAUGGGAUGCAGAUGCCUCUUGAAGAAACGGUCCGUCAGUCUGUCUGACGAAGAACGACUUGAACCACCCACAUUUGACUUCAGCCAUCGCAGGUUCAGACAGCAUCACUGUUUUCCGCUCAUCUCUGCAAAGAGGCCACCCGCAGAUGGGCCAAAACGGUGUAUCUGCCCUACAGGCACUACACCAGAUCCUUCGAAUGGUCCAAAAUUCCUUCUACAGGCAAAAUGCAGUGUACAAAGUUCACAGGGUGUUAAAUACCAUCACUCCACAGAGAUCGACAGAGAGCCUGAAUCUUGCACCUGAUACCUACCGUAAGUGGCCUCCUGUGCAUCAACCCAGCUCCAGAGAAACCAUCCUCGCACUCUGUGAAUCAAUGGACAAGGACAUGUGCAGUACAUAAAGCGCUACUCUAUUUUUCCACUGUACAUUGCAGAUCCCGGAAGGUCAGCUCUCUUGCGGAUUCAGUCAAUCGGUGGCCGUGUAUUAUUGCCGUACCUCUUCAGACUACCCACCACCAGCUGGGUGCUCCUUUGUGUCAUUGCAUUACCCAAAUCACUUACUGUAUUUACUUCGACAACAAAUGCCGUCACACCAUUCUGGAAAUCAAGCUGUGCUGUCUGGAUUACACCUGUGUACAUGGCUGCGCCAAGAAAUUCGCUGAUUACGACUCCAUCGUGCUUUCUCAAUUUAAAUUACGCUGCUGCCCCCGUACAUUCAAUCAUUGUUACUUCGUCCUUACAAUUUUCUAAUUUCUUACUUCUAUGCUUCUAUCUCUGACAGCAUUCACUUCAAUCAAUUUGGCCAAAAUCC